CGGCAGAGCCAGGCGCACAGCAGCCCCAGGCGGCAGGCGGCGAAGCGCAGCAGCGCGAAGGCGGCGACGAGCGGCGUGCAGGCGCAGUUGGGACUAGUGACGGCAGCGCGGCUCCAUGACGCUUCCGGCGAAACAAUUUACGACGCCGUAAGGCGCGACGCAUUCGCGGUGCUGGUUGCUGUGGAGAGGUCGGUGCCGCCGCUCGAGCCGCUGGGUCGCGUCCUGACAGGCCAGGUCUUGCCGGCUGGCUGCGUAGCAGGCAGCUUCUGCCCUCGCAAGGAUGGAGGCCGAGCAGAUGAUGGAGGGGCAGCCUCAGGUUCCAGAAAACCCCCACGCAGAGUACGGACUCACGGAAAACGUGGAGAGAAUCGUAGAAAAUGAGAAGAUUAACGCCGAGAAAACAUCAAAGCAAAAAGUGGAUCUUCAGGCAUUACCUACGCGUGCCUAUUUGGACCAAACAGUUGUGCCUAUCUUACUACAGGGACUUGCUGUAUUAGCAAAGGAGAGGGCUUCUGCACAUAUCAGUGUCAAGGGGUAUGGUGGCACAAUGGGCAGCCAACAGUCAAGACGGCAGUCACCCCAUCAUCCUUUCUUCUUCACUCCCUCUGCCCUGAGGUCUCCUCCAUUCAGUGCUGAGGAACAGGGCUGCCAUCAAAUGGGGUCACAACACCAAGACCACCAAAUCCGAUUGAAUUUCUAGCAGCAUAUCUUUUAAAAAACAAGGCACAGUUUGAGGACCGAAAUUAAUUCCAUGGGAAGGGGA